AUGACGAAGAAAAAUGCCAGGCAAAAGAUGCGAGACCUGGAAGACAGGUACGCUGCCUCCGCCCAUUCGCCCACAAAUUCCGGGCACGACAGAUCCGGUCAUCACGCUGCGGAUUUGAAAAAAAUUCGAGUGGUUCGGCCAGGAAUGGUCAAACAAGGAUCCGCUAGACCCGGAAUGGUGAAGCAGGCAUCCGCUAGACCCGGAAUGGCCAAACAAGGAUCCGCUAGGCCCGGAAUUGCGAAACAGGCAUCAGCUCGUCCAGGAAUGGCAAAACAAGCAUCGGCUAGACCGGGAAUGGCAAAACAAACAUCCGCACGACCGGGAAUGGCAAAACAAACAUCGACACCAAUCAUGACAAAGCAAGCGUCCAAAACAGCGGUCAAAGCAAACAAGGCGACACUGAAAAAAGACAAAUCCAAAAAAGAAUUAAAGAAAGAAAAAUCCAAAAAGGAACUGAAAAAAGAAAAGUCCAAAAAGGAAUUGAAGAAAGAAAAGUCCAAGAAGGAAUUGAAAAAGGAAAAAUCCAAGAAGGAACUGUCCAAGCAACCGUCUCGUGGAGAUUUGAAUAGAACACCGUCUGGUAGACAAAUGGCUCGAACUCCAUCCCGAGGAAAUCUCGAACGGGCACCCUCCCGAGGAGAUUUGAAACGACAAGGAUCCAAGCAAUCCUUCAAGAAACGCCCCUCCAUGACCCGGACCGCGUCCUCGCGAUCUCAAACAGAACUGGAACGGUACAAUGGACGACGAAGGUGGCGGAAAUUCAAAAAGAUGGAAGAAAAGCCAAAGAGAAGUUUGGUGGUCAUUUGGUUGGUGGUAUUGGCGGAAUUGUCGUUUGAUCUGGGGACUACGAUUAUUGCCUUUCGAGCCAUGUUGAACGAUGAUGACUGCUGUGGAUACGAGCUAGAACUGGGAAACCUCCCCUUGAGUGUUGCCACGCCGUUCAUUUUCCUGAUUUGUCUCGAACUCUUAAUCCUGUUGCGUGCGAUGGUCUUGACCAUGUGGCCAAGUAUUUUGGACCGAAAAGAAAAGGAACAAAACGACGAUGGUACCACGCAAAAUGGGGGCAAGCUGGCAUUCUGCAACUGUUUCAGGUGGUCUGUCAAGACGCUGCUCAGGGGCAUUAAUGUGCUGGUGCUCCUGAAUCCAUUCUUUGGUUGCAUCAUUGCAUGGAUGCUUCUGUAUCAAUCAGACAAGGACGAAUCGUUUCUGGUUCUCGGUCUAGAAGGAGGUUCCAUCAUUCUGCAUUUCAUAUCCGUCAAGUUGGAAGGGUCUGUACAAAACUUCCGCCAGUUUCUUUUCCAUUGUAUGCCCUUGGUUCCGUUCAUUGCAUCCGUUUCGUUGGUCCUUAUCUAUCUGAAACAAACAGGUGUAUGCUAUGUUGUGGAACGGUCCGUCUUUUUAUUUCAAGGCUGUGAGAUUUGUCCCAACGGGUUUCCCCCAAUUGACGGGAAUUGCAUUUUGGACAAUGGAACUGUCGUGUCCAUUGAUGCUGGUGGCUUUUUAAACCUUGACGACUCGGUACUGAACAAUCCCGGCGAUUUGACCAAGUCCACGGCGAAUCAGGGAACCUUCUGUGGAGAUGAUCACGAAGGCUGGAAUACAAAUUUUUGUUUCUUCAACUACGAUGGCGACGACUGA